UUAAUGUAAUAACUGUAUGUUUUACGUCAGACGUGAGCACAGCGCAACGGGUGCCCUUAACAAAAAUGGAGCCUAGUGAGGGGUCGCGCUAUUACUACGUCAUUCAUAGCUGGUGCUGAUUUUCCUUACUGAACCAGCCCGACUCGGGGCUGAAGAUGGCGAGUUCUGGGGGUGCAGCGGGUUCUACUGCCUUGGCCUCUUUAUGGAGCGAUGUAAACAAGGCCGGACAGAACGGAGACUUCACCAGGGCUCUCAAGUCCGUGAACAAGAUAUUGCAGGUCGCAAAGGAUGACGUGAAAGCACUACAUUGUAAAGUGGUUUGUCUCAUUCAGAACGGAAGCUUUAAGGAAGCUCUGACUUUACUGAACAACAAUUCUAAAAUACUGACAAGUGAUGUCAUAGCGUUUGAAAAGGCAUACUGUGAAUACAGGCUAAAUAAAAUUGAAAAUGCUUUGAAAACAAUAGAAACUGCCCCUCAGAAAACAGAAAAACUAAGUGAACUUCAGGGACAAGUGCUUUAUAGGUUGGAACGAUAUGAAGAAUGCCUGUCUGUCUAUCGUGAUCUUAUUCGAAACUCACAAGAUGAUUAUGAUGAAGAAAGACAAACAAACCUGUCUGCAGUGGUGGCGGCUAUGAGUCUUUGGUCAAAGACACAGCCUGAAAAACUCGGUUUGCAGGAGACAACUUAUGAACUUUGCUACAAUGCUGCCUGUAGCUUGAUUGGACAGGGGCGGCUGAGUGAAGCAAUGAAAAAACUGCAGGAAGCUGAAAAUCUCUGCAGACAGUCCAUUUCAGAAGACACAGAUUUGACUGAAGAAGAUAUAGAUGCUGAAUUGGCAAUAAUUCAUGGUCAGAUGGCAUAUGUCAUGCAGCUCCAAGGCUCCAUAGAUGAUGCACUCCAGCUUUACAAUCAGAUCAUCAAACUAAAGCCCACUGAUGUUGGUCUCUUGGCUGUUGUGGCGAAUAAUACAAUAACGAUUAACAAGGAUCAAAAUGUGUUUGAUUCAAAGAAGAAAGUGAAGCUUGCCAAUGCUGAAGGAGUAGAACAUAAGCUGGCUAAGGGACAACUUCAGGCCAUAGAAUUUAACAAGGCUUUGCUCUCUAUGUAUACAAAUCAGGCAGAGCAGUGUCGGAAGCUGUCCAGCAGUUUACAGGCGCAGAAUCCUGAGAAUCUUCUUCCUGUUCUUAUUCAGGCUGCCCAACUAUGUCGUGAGAAACAGCAUGCAAAAGCUAUAGACCUGCUACAGGAGUUUGCUGAUCAGAAUCCAGACCAUGCAUCUCAGAUUAAACUAACCAUGGCACAGCUAAAACUCGCACAGGGUAAUGUAACCAAGGCCUGCAUGAUCAUGAAAACGAUUAAGGAACUGGAGCACAGACCUGGCAUGGUAUCGGCACUGGUGACUAUGCACAGCCAUGAUGAAGAUAUUGACAGUGCUAUAGAAGUGUUCAACCAGGCAAUCAGUUGGUACCAAGAAAAGCAACCAAAUUCUCCAGCACACUUAGCCCUAAUAAGAGAAGCUUCAAACUUCAAGUUAAAACAUGGCCGAAAGAAGGAAGCUAUCAAUGACCUUGAACAGCUCUGGAAGCAAAACCCUAAAGAUAUUCAUACGUUGGCGCAGCUAAUAUCAGCAUACUCCCUUGUGGAUGCUAACAAAGCAAAAGUUCUUAGCGAGCAUUUGCCAUCGUCUGACUCUAUGCACUUGAAAGUAGAUGUUGAAGCCUUAGAAAAUUCCACUGGAGCUACCUUUAUUCGGAAAAAGGCUGCUAAAGUAGCUGGAGAGCAGGCCAAAGAACCAGGGCAAGUGGAGAUAAAGAAAAAGAAGAAGAAAAAGAAAGGCAAAUUACCUAAGAAUUAUGACCCCAAGGUUACGCCAGAUCCAGAACGUUGGUUACCUAUGCGAGAGAGAUCAUAUUAUCGUGGUAAGAAGAAGGGGAAGAAGAAGGAACAGAUUGGAAAGGGAACUCAGGGAGCCACAGCUGCUGCUACUGCUGAAUUUGAUGCAAGCAAAACAGCCAGCAGUCCACCGACAUCUCCUAGGCCUGGAGUGGCAGCAACAAAUGCCCCCUCAUCAGCGAACAGCAAUGUUGUCCCACCAAGACAUCAAAAACCAGUGGGUGCUGCUGGAACAAAGAAAAAACAGCAACAAAAGAAAAAGAAAGGAGGAAGGAGCGGCUGGUGAUAACUUCUGGGAGAGCCGUGUCUACAAGUUUGAUCAACCAACUGUAGUCCAUGUCAUACCACGUGCUGUUUGAUGCACUCACGUUUUUUAGGAAAUCUAAAAAGGUUGAUUUUGGAAGCAUUUUUUUAAAUUUUAUUUAAGUUUACGGUUGUGAUAAACAAUUGGAAUUCCUGCUACCUUCUUAUUUUCCUAAAUACAAGCAACACUUUUUUGGUUUUACUUCUGCAUUAUUCCUCAAUCCAAGACAUGUUAGGACCACCUUCCAACUGGAAGUUUAUUAGUUGUAUAAAACUAUGGUCUUUAAUUUAAAUGUGCAUUAAACCAAUAUCAGUUA